ACUGCGUAAUACGGAAGUCCUUGGCCCCUCGCUUUACGUGAUGUGUCAAAAAUUGUAAGAUCUCAGCGGCCGUGGCAAUUUACAAUCCACUGACAUUUCGUUGUUUAUCAGCAUUUAUGUACUAGACUCUUGUACGGAAUAUUAUUUUGGAAUCGUGUGUGAAGUGAAUGCUGCAGUGAGAGUUAGUGGUUUACAUUGACAUACGAAAGAAUGUGCUAGGUGCGCUCAUUUAGAAGAACCAGGACCGCGCUUGCAAUUAUUGUGACCUUGAACACCUUUUUUUACCCGCAGGCAGAUGGUGGUAACUGACCGGCAUUGCCCAGCCAUCAGCCAUCUCGCCCUGUCCGAUUUUAUCGGCCUGCUCUUCAGGUAGGAGGUGAGCAGGGGGGCAGGGCCGUGCAAAAAAAGUAGGCGGGAUGCCUGUUGAGGGUGGGAGUAGCGGCAGCUCUGCCUCAACUGCUCGUCACCCCAAACAAAAGCGCAAGGCUCACAGCCUGUCUAUUCGGCGCACGAACAGUACGGAAGAGAGACCAUCUGGCAUCCACAGAGGAGACAUGCUGGAGGGACAGGACUCCAAGCUGCCCCACUCUCUGCGUAACAAUCUUCUCGACCUAUUUGGCCAGAUUGAACGAGAGUUUGAAAAUCUCUACAUCGAAAACCUCGAAUUACGACGGGAAAUUGAUUCCCUGAAUGAACGUCUGACUGGCGACGGACAGAAUCCUGAGGGAGGAGAUCUCUCCAAGGGAGCCCUGAAAACAAAAGCCAGCCACAGCACCAGCCAACUGUCUCAGAAGCUGAAGACGACCUACAAAGCGUCAACUAGUAAGAUUGUAUCCAGCUUCAAAGCUACUACAGGGUCCAGAGCUUUGUGCCAUCUCCAGAAGGAAUAUGUUGGCCAUCGGGAUGGAAUUUGGGACCUCAGUGUGACCAGAACCCAGCCUGUCGUCCUUGGAACUGCAUCGGCUGAUCACUCAGCCCUGCUUUGGAGUAUCGAGACUGGGAAAUGCCUGCUUAAGUAUGGUGGCCAUGCUGGAUCAGUCAACUCUAUCAAGUUCCACCCCACUGAGCAGAUGGCCCUCACAGCCUCCGGGGACCAGACGGCUCACAUCUGGCGCUACAUGGUGCAACUACCUGCCCCCCAGCCACCACCAGAUGUCAGUGCGCCGUGUGAUGAUGACCAGGAUUCUUCAGACAGAGAAGAAGGCGAGGUGGAUGGUGAAGGCCCUUGCGAGGUGCCCACUGUCCGAGUUGCAACGGCAACCCUGAAAAGUCACCAGGGUGUAGUCAUCGCAGCUGAUUGGCUGGUGGGCGGCCGUCAGGUGGUGACAGCUUCUUGGGAUCGGGCUGCCAACCUUUAUGAGGUGGAGACUUCUGAACUGGUGCACGCUCUCACUGGCCAUGACCAGGAGUUGACCCACUGUUGCACUCACCCCACCCAGCGUUUGGUAGUCACCGCAUCCAGGGACACCACCUUCAGAUUGUGGGACUUCAGAGAUCCAUCCAUCCACUCCGUCAAUGUCUUCCAGGGACACACAGACACAGUGACAUCAGCAGUGUUCACGGUGGGAGACAAUGUGGUGUCCGGGAGUGAUGACCGUACAGUUAAAGUGUGGGAUCUGAAGAAUAUGAGGUCACCGAUAGCAACCAUCCGCACCGACUCGGCUGUCAACAGGAUAAGCGUCUCCGCCAACCAGAGGAUCAUCGCUCUGCCGCACGACAAUCGACAAGUGCGGCUGUUUGAUAUGAGCGGAGUGAGGCUGGCCCGACUGCCUCGCAGCAACAGAAUGGGCCACAGGCGCAUGGUGUGUUGCACGGCGUGGAACGAGGAGAACCAAACCUGCAACCUGUUCACCUGCGGCUUUGACCGGCAGGCCAUCGGAUGGAACAUCAACAUCCCCGCUUUGCUGCAGGAGAAAUGAAGUCUGGUGAAAUGCUAACGAGCACAAAUUUCUGGAAAGGUUAUCAAUAUCACCAACCUUUUUUGUGACUAGUGUUUACGUGUAUUCACAUCACUGCUGUUAAGUUACUGCUGAAUGGUUGCAUGAAGAGAAUUCCAGCUGUUUCUAUUUCAUGUUGAAGACAAUAUACAGUAUAUUGAAGAAGUGUUUGUAUUGUGUUGUUGCCUGAUUUAAUUUUUUUGUUUGGAAGAACAUUCAUUGUGAUCUUUUUUUUUUUAAUCCUUUUUGGUCAAGGUGGAGUUCUGCCUCACAAUAAAUCCAAAUUAUUUGCUUCCUUUAGCUUCACCAUUCCAAAAAAACAUGGUCCAUCGUGCUUUUUACCUAACACUGACAGUUGAAACUUGAGUUGCCUUGUUCCAUGUUUACAGUGGAACUUUUUCCCUGUCAAAGUUUUCUUUUUCCAGCCUUUCGAAAAAUGUCUUGUAAUGUAGCAGCACAAUCGUUCAUGUGAAGAAUUUGUAAAUGAAUAGUGCUAGUUUAGGAGUUGCUAUGUCCAAAUAGUCACCUUGUAAUUCUGCAGUAAAAUGCACCAUCACCAGCUUGUUGCCAAUUCAAUUCUCUUUUCUUAAUUUGCUGUCAUGUUACAUAUUCAAGUGUACUUGUUGGUUACUGCUCACAUUUCACUAUGUGUCAAUGUGACGUUUACAAUGUUUUCCAAGAUCCUUGUGUGACCUCUUGCAUCUUUGUAUACUAACAUCCAUUUUGUUCUUUUACUGUACCAAAACGUGAACAUAAAUCGAGGUACAUGGAGAA